AUGAACUCCACAGUUUCAUUUCAAAGGAUUGAAAAUAACCCUCCAAGAGAUACAGAGUUUUUAUAUUGGGGAGUAGACAGACGUUCUUGGGCACAAUUUCUUCGGUUACUAAACCAGAACGAACCAUUGCCACCUGACGGUCCUUUUAAAUUUAUACUCCCACCAACAGAUUUGACAGUUUAUAGAAACGUGUUCGAUCCUCAAAAUGUCAUGUGUCAUGCAAGUUUCAGUUCAAGCAACAACAGUUUUCUUUGUAUCGGUAAGGACUUUUAUGACUUUGCUUCUAAAUUCUACGAACCACCUAGUAACAGUUUCUCUGACUUUCAAGUCUGGUUCACAACAAACGGUGUGCAGCAUAUAAUUCCAUUGUACUAUGACUUUUAUCUCGAAUUGUCUUUCAUAUACAACUACGGAAAAGUGCUGAAAAAGUAUUGA